UUUUUUGCACUCACUGCCCCGUCGCAAUGUGUCCCAUUCAUAGCGUCCCGUCACAAAUAACUGUGGCACACCUCCGAUAUAAUUCACCACGACCUCGGCGCUUUCCAGAGGUGCAACACCGCGAGGGCGCCCCCACGCGAAUUAGGCCGCGCAGCUCCUCUGGCUACUGGCGCCGCGAUCGAGCCUACAGUUCGGCCACGGGGCUCCGCUGUGGGCUGCCGUUUGACUAAACGGCAGGCCCAGCAGGGCCUGGAGGCAUGCGCGCUCAUGCGGGAGGUGGCCGUGGCAGAGUGGCAGAGUGGCAGAGUGAUGGGUCCAUGUGCGAUGGGGGCCUCGCGCACCCCGGAGGCACAGGCGGCCGUGCUGUGGCACUGCCGCCACGCCGUCAGGCACAGGGGCGCGAUGCAGGCAGCGGGGGGAUGCAAAGAGAGGCGAGGCCGCGGCCCCUGCAACGGGCGCCACGGCCGUCGCUACAAUCUGAGGGGCAACCCGAUCCCUCUACCCCCAAAGCGUUGCCCCUGGCCGCCAGGAAGGAACGGAUGCCUGAGACGAGACCAGGACCAGGAGGAGGAGGAGGAGAAAGAGGAGCAGGAGGAGGAGGGGGAGGCUCGCCGCUGAUCUGUGGCAGUGGCCUCUGCUCCUCAUCCGGCACGAGGAGACGGAACGGCAUGGGGCGUAAACAUAAACUCGCGGGGCUCAGCACGGAUCCUCCCGUAUCGGCGCUGGACCCCCCUUCCCUGGACCGCGGAGCGCGCCGGGGGCGGCGCCGGGCGCGCCGCCAUGGAGAUCUGGCGCCGAUCCAAGAGAUCCGCGCGCGGACAGCCGAAAGUUUAC